GUAAGUUGUAACACCGCUCUUGAGCUGCCUCAGUUUUGAGUUUUGACGCCAAAAAAUCAGAGCGGGAAGAGAAUAGCGGAGCCGCAGCAGAGCUGAUACGUGAGAAUGGCGGAAUCAAUACCCUUCAAAAACCUCCAUACCAGAGAAUAUCAAGGCCACAAGAAGAAGGUUCAUUCAGUAGCAUGGAAUUGCAAUGGUACGAAACUAGCCUCAGGCUCCGUUGAUCAAACUGCUCGCAUAUGGCAUAUUGAGCCCCAUGGUCAUGGAAAGGCAAAAGAUAUUGAACUAAAAGGCCAUUCAGACAGUGUGGACCAAUUAUGUUGGGACCCCAAGCAUGCUGAGUUGAUUGCAACAGCAUCGGGUGACAAGACAGUUCGAUUGUGGGAUGCUCGCAGUGGCAAAUGCUCACAGCAAGUUGAAUUAAGUGGGGAGAAUAUCAAUAUCACUUAUAAACCCGAUGGGACUCAUAUAGCUGUUGGCAACAGGGAAGAUGAACUGACAAUAUUGGAUGUUCGCAAGUUUAAGGCUAUGCAUAAGCGGAAGUUCAACUAUGAGGUAAAUGAGAUUGCAUGGAAUAUGACUGGAGAUAUGUUCUUUCUGACUACUGGGAAUGGAACGGUGGAGGUUCUAUCAUAUCCUUCUCUGCGCCCUCUUGACACACUUAUGGCUCACACUGCUGGUUGUUAUUGCAUUGCAAUUGACCCACUUGGAAGAUAUUUUGCUGUUGGAAGUGCUGAUUCCUUAGUCAGCCUUUGGGAUAUUAAGGAAAUGCUCUGUGUUCGAACAUUUACAAAACUUGAAUGGCCAGUUAGGACAAUAAGUUUCAAUCAUACAGGAGAAUACAUUGCCUCUGCAAGUGAGGAUUUGUUCAUAGAUAUAGCAAAUGUUCAGACUGGGCGGUCAGUUCACCAGAUUCCCUGUCGUGCUGCAAUGAACAGUGUGGAGUGGAACCCAAAGUUAAACUUGCUUGCUCAUGCUGGAGAUGAUAAAAACAAGUAUCAAGCUGAUGAAGGUGUGUUUCGUAUAUUUGGCUUUGAGAGUGCAUAACAACACCUACAAAACAAGCAAAGUUCCUUUGCCCAUCAUAAUUAGUGGUGGGGUACUUGAACAUGCACAGAAGGCCAUUUGCUGUUUGCAAGUGCUAUUUCUACUGUGCUAAUUGAGAGACACGUCACAAAAAUGUGAAAGGAAUACUUUUUAUUAAUGUAAAAAGAUGUCUGAGGAGGCAAUUACAAUUGAAUUAACACAAGUAGUGUUACUUUGGGCUUAUUAAGCAGUGCUGAUAAUUUGUUGCUCAAGUGAUACAAAUGCAAAACCCUGUCACCGAUUG